AUGGUUCACGUGGGUCAACCUGCUCCUAACUUUCGUUGCGAGGCCGUGAUGCCAGACAACUCUUUCAAGGAGGUUUCAUUGUCAGAUUACGCCGGGAAGAAGUACGUUUGUUUGUUCUUUUACCCCCUGGAUUUCACAUUUGUCUGCCCGACGGAAAUUGUGGCGUUCAACGACGCGAUUGCACAGUUUGAGUCUCGUAACGUACAAAUUCUCGCAUGUAGCGUCGACUCCAAAUUUGCCCAUCUAACGUGGCGCAACACGCCCAGAGACAAAGGGGGUAUUGGGAACGUUAUGUUUCCCGUCUUAGCAGACAUUACGAAGUCUAUUUCUGAGUCGUAUCGAGUCCUCAUCCCGGAUGAAGGAGUGGCACUUAGGGGUUUAUUCAUAAUUGACAAGAACGGAAUACUGCAGCACCAGCAAGUAAACAAUUUGCCGUUUGGCAGAUCGGUAAAUGAAGUAUUAAGGAUCGUGGACGCGCUACAGCUGUUCGAAAAGAGCGGAGAAGUUUGUCCGGCGAACUGGAAAGCUGGAGACAAGGGCAUGGCCCCUACCACCGAGGGUGUCAUUGCCCACCUCACCAAAAAACUCUCAUGA